AUGGCCAUCCUCCUUCGAUUUUCUAGUGCCGGACGUAUGGGAUGGUCGAGCAAAGGGUCUCAGAGUCUGGACUUCAGGAGCCAAAGAACAAUAAUUGGACGAGUCUUGACGAUGGAUUCAAGUCAAUUUGUGACUGGCAACAAUUGCACAGACAACGAACAGCAACGAGCCAAUCCUUUGGUGUCAAGCCUGGUGCGUACACCAACCAGAGUUGCUCAGUAA